AUGGCUAUUACGUACCAAUACUCUCUAUUCAUCGUCGUGUCCCUCGUCGCUCAUUCAGUCGCGGGCAGUGAGUGGGAUGCGAGUGACGUCCAAGCCCAGAAUGAAGCUGGCGCAGCUGGGAAAUCUGGUGGUGGAGGCAUGUCUAACGGAGGAAUGAUAGCUUUAUGCGUCAUUGUUGGUGUGGUAGUUAUACUUGGAUUCUCAUCAGCGGCUCUCUUCUAUGUGGCCAAAAAGCGCCAAUGGCAGAUGCGUGAGAAAAUCAGUCGCUCCGCAAAACAAGUCGCCCAAGCAAUCAAAACACCUCUUACGGCCACGUUUCCGAGGAGUCAACGACUGCCUACUACAAGUGGCGGCAAGAAUAAAAGUAGUAGGGACUUGCCAAUGACGAAGCCGCAGCGGAAACCAACAGACGUGGAAAAGGGUGCUGUUAUUACAACGGAUGUCUCGUCGCAAGGUUCGCAGUCCAAGUCUCGCGGUUGGGCCUCUUACUUCUCGUUCAACCGCUCGUGA